AUGUCCCCAGAGGAGCGCCGGCUCAUCCGCAAGCUCGACGCCAGAAUCCUACCGUUCGCGUGCCUCAUGUACCUAUUUGCUUACUUGGAUCGAACGAAUCUAGGGAACGCGCGUCUGCAGGGCUUGCCGCAGGAUACGCUGCAUGGGGAUCCCACUGGACAGCUCUUCGACUGGGUCAACUCUGCCUUCUUCUUCUCAUACAUUAUAUGUCAGAUCCCAGCCACCGUCAUCUCGAAACUAUUCUCUCCUCGUAUAUGGUUAGCAUGUACAGCUGUCGGGUGGGGGAUAUGCUCGACGCUUAUGGCGACCAGUUUCAACCCAGCCGGUCUCAUCGUCGCUCGCGUCGGAAUGGGGUUCUUCGAAGCGGGAUUCGGUCCGGGUAUCCCACUUUACUUCUCCUUAUUCUACACGAAAGAAGAAAUGGGUCUCCGUAUGGCAUACUGGUUCGGCUUCGCAGCUGUCGCAGGCGCGUUUGGGGGUCUCAUCGCAUUCGGCAUACAACACGCCCAUGCAGCCAUCACCAACUGGCGGCUCCUUUUCAUUGUCGAGGGUAUACCGUCCGUGCUGCUCGGCGUAGGCGCCUUGUUCUUCCUCCCGGACCGGCCUGAGAUGACGACGGUGUUUUCGCCGGAGGAGCGACGACUGGCGGUGGAGAGGAUGAACAGGGAUGCCACCGGCGAUGUCGGAUUGACCAUAAGCAAGGACCACAUCUACAUGGCCCUGCGUGACUGGAGGAUCUAUCUUGGAGGGGUCAUUUACUUUGGCCUGAACUGUGCUCUAGCUGCCAUAUCUGCCUUCCUGCCUACCAUCAUCAAAACAUUUGGGUACACGAAUGCACUAGCACAACUGUUGACGGUUCCGCCGUACGCGGUGGCUGCAGUAUUCCUUGCAAUGAUGUCGUACACUUCGGAUAGACUACAAAGCAGAGGGCUCUUCAUGGCGGCUGCUUGCAGUAUUGGAGGUAUAGGAUACAUCCUUCUGUUGAGCGUCCCAGAAAAUGUCCACGUCCGGUACUUUGCCUGCUUCUGCAUCACCAGUGGGACCUACACGACCAUCGGGAUCAUCAUCGCAUGGUUCGCGCACAAUCUGGGUUCUGAGACGAAGAAGGCGACGGGUAUCCCGAUGUUCAUGGCCAUCGGGCAGUGCGGGAGCGUACUGGGGUCUCAUAUAUACCCGUCCACCGAAGGUCCCCGAUAUAUAAAAGGAUUCGCAGUGACAUGCGCGUUAGAAUGGCUGGCAGCAAUAAUCUGCAUCGUUCUGCACAUAUCGUAUAAGCUGGACAACCGCCAUAGGGAUCGCUUGUACGGUAUGACGACGCAGGACACGAAGGUCGAUACCACCGAGCUGGCCGACAAGGCCCCGUCUUUCCGGUAUGUGCCCUAG